AAAAUUCACCCGCCAUGAUUGUUUUGUUUCUGGUUCAAGCAGCGUUAAGGUCGGAACGACUGACUUUAGAAGAGAUAUUUUAAAAAGGAAACGCGUUUUUUCCCCCUGCUUUGUGGUAAAAGAGAAGAACUCGGAUCUCUAAACAUGGAGUCGCGGUUUGCUGACCUGCGGUGGCGUGACACAAGUGUGUCGAUGCUCAGAGUAAAGCAGUCUCGCAGGAGGUCUCAGUCCCAAAAGGAGAACCGCGAGCGGUUGGUGAACGCUCGCAGGCAGAUGGAGAAGCUCCCAGAAAUGGAUAUCUCUUCUCUGGACGCCUCCAUCAUGACAGCCAAUAUGUCGACUAUUCAGGAGAAGACGCAGCUCAAUCCUAAACCUGUUAAAACUGCAGCACUGGAUAGGCUGAAACGGCUUCAGAGCUGGAAAGAGCAAAAGGAACUAAAGAAGGAGAAGGAAAGAAGAGAGAAGGAGGCCAAAGGAGUCUUUAAGAUUGGGCUGUAUCAACCGAAGGACACGUUUACUCUCGCGCCGCUGCCUGCCGUUCCACUUGCCGCAUCUAAAGUGAAAGAGUUGAAAAAGGUGAGCACUGCUGCGCCCCAAAGCACCAGAGUCACACGGUCCAUGAAGCAGCCUCAGCAGGAACAAAAAAAGCCUUUGGCGACACAGCAUCCGAAUACUCGGACAAACAAAGCACAACCUGCUGCCGCAACAUUGAGCAGGAGCCGAGCAGCUCCCGUCAAACCUGCUUCAGCUGCCACCAAGACCAGUGCUGGCUAUCCUGCAGCAUCAGGGCCCACUGGGCGAGCUACAUCAACUAGAUCAGCCACCAGGCCUGCUGUUACAAAAGCUCCUGUAGUGAAAGACAAUCCUAAAGCCAAAUGUGCAGAUGUAAGAGCUACAAGGAACACAAAAGCUGCCAACCCCUCUGCUCCUCCGUCUAACAGAGUGAGGAACUGUAAAGCCGUCAGCGUCACCGCUCAGCCUGAUGACCACCAGGAGGUUGGAGUCACGGAGUCUCAGAUCGAGGAACAGCAGACGAGCAUUUGUCCACCAAGCCCGACGCCGUGUCCUGAAGAAAAGAACGAUGUGGCGAACCCAGACCCUGCUGCUGCUUCUGCUCCUUCGUUUGCUCCAGAAGGUUUUCUCUUUCAGGCCCCCUCUGGUUUGUCAUCCUUCAAGUUUGAGCCUCUCACCCCUCGAUCAGCUGAUGCCUUCCUCACACCAAGUCCCAGUUUCAAUCUCCCAGCAGCCCCGGUGUUCAGUGCAGAGGCUCCUGCUGAGUGUGAAGAGCCGCUUCCUCCUCAGACUCCCAGCAGCUCCUCUCUUCAUACGUCUCCAACCUCAGGCAGUCCUCAGGAAUUAAAGCAUGAUGUUCCUUACUUCAGGUCAGAAAUUUCCAAUGAGACGGACAGACUAACGAGCCUUUGUCUCCACUGGGAAUCCAAAGUGGAGGACGAAUCCAUCCCAGAGGAAAUGAGAGACCGAAUGCGCACAGCCGUAGGCCAAGCCAGGCUGCUGAUGAAGGAGCGUUUCAACCAGUUCAGUGGUCUGGUGGAUGACUGUGAACUGGGCCGUGGAGAGAAGAUUACCACCUGCACCGACCUGCAGGGCUUCUGGGACAUGGUUUAUUUCCAGGUAGAAGAUGUCCAAAAGAAGUUUGAUUCUCUCAAAGAAGCAGAGAGCCGUGGCUGGGUGGAGGAGCAGAAACUUCCACCAAGGCGGAGGAAAGUCAAGACGACCUCAGUAGCUCCCACCAAGCCAACAGGAAACAAAACAGCAGCCCGAUCUCGUCUGGCUGCUGUGAAAGCUGCAAUGAAAGCUCGCCAGGAGGCAGCUGAAGCAGAGAAGACAUCCAAAGACGCUGAUGUGCCGCAGCCACAGGUGGAAGGCCAAACGGUCGUCUUUGACGGAGGUUUCUUCCAGGUGGAGAGCCCAGCCAAACCAUCAGUGCUUUCAGUUCGGAGAUCUAGCCGCCUAAGCGCUGCAGCGCUGCCCUGCGCUUCUCCGUGCUCCAGCUACUUCUCACCCAGGAGAGUCACCCGGCGGUCCCUGGCAUUGGCCCAGACAUCUGUUGAAGCAAACGCUUCCCCUGCUCAGCCACUCCACUCUGCAGAGAGGUUCUGCCUUACUCUUGAGCAAACUCCAAGACCAAAGUCUCAACCAGGAACUCCUCAGAUGUCCCAGAAAAAGAGCAACACGGCGAAUCUCUCUCCUGUGAAAGAUGUGCUUUCAGAGGAGGCCCAGUCAGUCCAAAGUCCUCAACCAUCAGAAAUCUCCUCUCCUGCUGAGCAGGUUCCAAUGGAGACAAAGCCGUCUGUCUGUCCCACACCAGAUGGUUCCGUCAUUGAGGAAAUCCCUGGUUUGGACUUUGAACGUUAUCUCCAGCCAUCACUGAGGUGCAGUUUAUCACCAAGAGGCAGCGUCGCCGUAGAGAUGUUAUCUAUGGGAACAGAUGUAGAGAUGGAGAGUCCUAAAGGAGAGGCUGAGGAACUGCUGACUCAUCUAGAGCCAGCACCGUCAGCGGCGUCCCUGGUGUCCACUCCUCAAACUCCACAGAAUGCAGCGUCAGCCCUGCUUCUCUUCACCUCCGACCUCACGGACAGGAUCCGCCAAUCCACCUGCCCCAGUGACCUAAUGGUCUUCACCCCUCCUAUGAUUUAAAGAAUAUCUUGCGUUGACUUUACAGGAUCAUUGAUGAUCCUCUGUGUUUUAAAACUCUUUUAAAAAUAAAGUUGUAGUUAAAAUGUAAA